GUCUCCACACCCCACACACAUAUACAGAUGGCGACGCCUACAUCGCCGCGAACGGCGGCCAAGGUCAAGCAGCUCCGGAGCAUUCUCCCGGGCCACGCAGACGAAGACAUUGCAUACGCACUCUCCUACGCCAACGGCGACAAGGAGCAGGCCGUCACCUACCUCCUCGAGCACGCCAACUCGUGGUCGCAGGUCGAGGACAAGAAGACCAAGAAGCAGAAGAAGAAGGCCGAGCGCGCAGAGCAGGAGCGGCGCAACCGCCGCCAGGGCCGCGGGCGCGGCUCCCGGCGCGACGGGCGUGACGGCGGCCGGCGUGAUGGCGGCCGUCGUGACGGUGGUCGCCGCGAGGGUGGACAGCGCGAGGGUGGCCGGCGCGAAGGCGGCCGGCGCGAGGGUGGCCGGCCGAUGCUCGGUGCCAACGGGCGCGGGCGGCCGCCGGUGGCUGCAGCCCCGGCGCCGGCGCCGGCACCGGCACCAGUUGCGGCCCCGGCAGUGCCCGAGUACGACGGUGAGGUUGCGGCGCCUGCGCCCGCACCUGUGCGUGCCGUCUCGUCGGGCAUGUCGUAUGCGGCGAUGGCGUCUGCGGGUGCACGCAAGGCUGUGAAGCCGGCGGCGCCUGCGCCGGCGGCUGCCGCCAACAAGACGGGUUCUGCGCCUGGCUCUGCUGCCGACGCUGCACCUGGACAGGGAGCCCGUCAGGCGGGCGCGCCCGGCUCGGACCGCCCUGCUGCGGCCGGAGACGCGAGCGGCGCCGCCGACGAGGAGAAGCGCGCGAAGCGCCCGCGCCGCAAGCGUGGCGGACGCCGCAAGGGUGACGGCGAGGGUGCAGGUGCAGGUGGCAAGGCCGCGGGUGCGGCGGACGCUCCCGCCGCCGCCGCCGCCGCCGCCGCCGCGCCGGCGCCGGCGCCGGUCCAGGGUGACGCCCGGGCCAUCAUGCCCGAGGCUGCCGCUCCGGGCGCGCCGAUCCAGCCGCUCGGCUCGUACGGCCUCUUCCCGCAGGGUGGCGAGGCGACCCAGGGUGAGGCGGCCCAGGCCCCGGCCCAGGGCCAGCAGUUCCCGGGUGCCGGCAUGGGCGGCCUCCCCGGCAUGGCUGGCAUGCCGAUGGCUGGCAUGGCUGGCAUGCCGCUCGGCCAGCAGCCGCUCGGCCAGCAGGCCAUGUUUGCGCGUUCGGGUGCGCCGUUCGGCUCGAUGAUGGGCAUGCCGUCGCUCGGCAUGGGUGGCUACGGCGGCAUGCCGCAGCAGGGUGCGCAGCAGGGCGCCGAGGGUGGUGAUGACAAGGCUGCCGCCGCACAGGGUGGCAUGCCGCAGCAGCAGCAGCAGCAGUUUGGCGGCUACGACCCGUCGGCGUAUGGCGUUCCGGCCGGCGCCGGUGGCGACCUCUCCGGCGGCAUGGGCAUGCCCGGCAUGGGCAUGGGUAUGCCCGGCAUGGGCAUGGGUAUGCCCGGUAUGGGCAUGGGUAUGCCCGGCAUGCCUGGCAUGCACGGCGCGGCCGCGCCCGGCAUGGACGCCUCGGCCUUUGGUGCCGCCGGCCAGGCGGGCCAGGCUGGCGACGCCGGCCAGGGUGACGCCGCAGACGGCGCCCAGCAGCCGAUGUUCGGCAUGCACAUGCCGAUGCCCGGCUACUACCCCGGCUCGUACAUGUACCCGCCCGGCGCGUACAAGCAGCCCGCGUACAUGGCCCCGCAGUUUGCGCAGAACAUGUACGGCGGCCAGGCCUUUGGCGCCGCCGCUGGCGGUGACGCCGCUGGCCAGCAGGCCGGCACCCCCGAGUCCUUCCUCCCCGGCGCCGGCCAGGACGCUGCCGCUGCUGGUGCCCAGGGCGGUUAUGACCAGGCCAACCUCGGCGUCAACCCGCUCGGCAACCCGUCGUUCAUGUACGGCGGCGCCGGCGCUGGCCUCGGCCAGUACAACCCGCAGGCCGCCUUUGGCCAGGGUGGCUACCAGCAGGCACCCGCAGGUGCCGGCACUGGCGGCCAGUGGCAGCAGUAGUGUGUGUGUGUGUGCUCGUGUGAGCACGCAUCCGCCCGUUUUGACAUCUGCAUGGUAAACUGGUGUGGGGUU